GAAAAAAAAUACGCGCAUUCUUAAAAAAUAAAACUAUUUAUUUAUUCCGUAUUUUUGUGUUUUGUUUAUUUCUUAAAUUUAAAGGAAAAAUAACCCUUUUUUCACCUGGACUACAAUUAACUUUAAUCUACAACAAUGUUCUAUCAUAUUUCACUGGAACACGAAAUUCUAUUGCAUCCGCGAUACUUUGGACCACAACUUUUAGAAACAGUCAAACAAAAAUUGUACACCGAAGUUGAAGGAACGUGUACAGGUAAAUACGGCUUUGUUAUUGCAGUCACAACAAUCGACCAAAUCGGUUCCGGUGUCAUUCAACCUGGCCAAGGAUUUGUAGUUUACCCGGUCAAAUACAAGGCAAUUGUAUUUCGUCCAUUUAAAGGGGAAGUCCUCGAUGCGGUUGUUAAACAAAUCAACAAGGUUGGUAUGUUUGCGGAAAUUGGUCCACUUUCCUGCUUCAUUUCGCAUCAUUCUAUACCCGCUGAUAUGCAAUUCUGUCCGAAUGGCAAUCCACCUUGCUACAAGUCAAAAGACGAAGACGUUGUCAUUUCUGGAGAGGAUAAAAUUCGACUGAAAAUCGUGGGUACGCGUGUGGACGCGACAGGAAUUUUUGCUAUUGGAACAUUGAUGGAUGAUUACCUUGGUCUGGUAUGCAGUUAGGAAGGAUCACGCAUUUGUUUUUACUUUUAGCAAAUUAAAUAAAAUCAAACAAAAAGAAAAAGAAUAAAGACAAACUUAAGAACUUAUCUGCAGUACCUAAA